CGGCGACACGAUGACGUCGCCUACCUCGCUUCCGAACGCCGCCCUCGUCUCACCCUCGCGCACCCGUGCCAUGUGAUCGUCCGGUCGUAUGACAGAGCACGCUGCAUCAUGACAGCUCGAUCGGCGGCGACGCCAGGACGCGGCUAGGACGCGUUGACGGCGAGCCGGUGUUCCUCGGGGUGGUUGGAGCGAACUUUCCCCGCGGCGAUGAUCGCGAAGCGCGUUGCAUCGCCGCGGCCGCAGUGAAGCCGAAGAGGACUGGUUAUCUCGGGAAGACUGACGCGAGAGAGACGAAUGGCAGGGCACGUCGGCGGGAGCGGCCACGUGCGAGCGAUCGUCGGUGCCAAGAGCUGCGAUAUGAUUGUCCCGCGACUCCCGGAGACGCGAGUUUGAGAUCGGGGACUUGCUCGCGCGGCUGCUGGAGUAGUAUAUCGGGGUGCGGGUAACACGGAAACAGUGGUGCGCGCACGUACGGAGCAUGUGACACGAUGCGGUGGUGUGGUGGUCCUUGCGAUCUCCUGCGCCGCAAGUUCUUCGUCCUUCUCGUGCUCAUCGGCUGCAGCGAUGGCUAUCUCAAUAUAUUCAUCAGCCAGUCGCAGGUCAUGAAGCUCUUAGGACUCGAGGCCGAGUUGUACUACGUGCGAGAAGGGGUGGUCAACACUUACGCGAUGAAUUUCAUCGUUCCUGUGCCGGCCAACAUAGCGGACCUUGAAUUCUCAUGGCAAAGCCUCGCAGGACACCCGUUAUCGUACUCCAUGGAGCUGGAUUAUGACGUGGUUAUGGGCGUGCCAGGUGGACCGUCUUCUGGAAUGAUGGCGUUGCUGCCGCCGAGGGUGAACGUGUCCGCUAGGGGUGAGGUUCCGGUCACCCUACAAGUGUUCAGGAUCAGAUUGCCAUGCUCGGGCGUCGUUAGCGCCGAAAUUCCUCUGGCGCUGAGAUUGAAUGUCACCGCGCCGCCUGGCACUAAGUACAACGACACUGUCUUGGUUUUCAAGAGGAACAAAAUUUGCCUGAAAGGUGUGGAGACUCCUCCAAUGAAUGACUCGGUGCGUUUGGAGCCUGGUCCGCUGGUGAAUGGCGCGGGUGCACUUUAUGUCGCAGCUACUUGUGCGUGCGCCUUGAUAUUAGUCGUCGGCAGUGUCGCGACUGCGCUAUAUAUUCGCAACAGCAAGGCCCGUGUCCAAGAAUCACAGAAAACUCUGCCCUGCUGCAGUUACUCCGCGGCCGACACCGGUGGCCUGGCCAGAAGUUCCGUCUUAGUUAGGGUCGACCCACGGCCCGGAAGCGCGAAUUCCGGAAGUUACGCUACCAUCGCCGACCUCGAGCCGCUGUACGCGAGGCCAUGCGGUUCCAGAGCGAGUUACUACGCGGCGAGCCACGUUACGCAUCUCAGCCAGUCGACUGAUCCGUGCGAGAAGGCCAGGGCGCUCGCGGUCUCGAGAUCGGCAUUAUAUUGCCGUAGUCUCGUGCAGGAGGGGACUUUCGGUCGCGUUUACAAAGGCUCUUUGGAUUUGGCCGGACGGGAUCAGGAAGUCAUCAUAAAGACAGUCACAGAAGUAGCGUCCGCUUACCAAGCCUCUCUUUUGGUGGUGGAGGGCUCGCAACUGGCCGGAUUAGUUCACGCCAACAUCGCCUCUUUAGCGGCCGCUUGUCUGGACAGCUCGUGUCCCUUGCUGGCUUACACGAGCACACCCGGCGAGCUGAACUUGAAGGUCUAUCUUACCGAUGGAAAUCAUCAUCCGGUGACUAGAGACCUGGUGCAUGUUGGCGCACAGGUUGCCAGGGCUGGAGCGUUUCUGCACGGCCGGGGACUAUUGCACAGGGAUAUCGCUGCCAGAAAUUGCCUGAUCGAAGCGGGCAGUCUUCGCGUGAGAUUGGCUGACGCUGCCCUGGCUCGAGAUCUCUUCCCUCAGGACUACCAUUGUCUCGGUGAUAACGAGAACCGACCCAUACGUUGGAUGGCCUUGGAGAGUCUCCAGCACAAUCAGUACAGCACGGCGACCGAUGUGUGGUCCUUCGGCGUAUUCCUGUGGGAACUGGCGACACUGGGCCAGCAGCCGUACGUAGAGGUGGACCCGUUCGAGAUGAUGGCGUGCCUCCGGGACGGAUAUCGACUGGCUCAACCGCGACCUUGUCCCGAUGAACUGUUCGCCGUUAUGGCGGUCUGUUGGCUCGGUCUCUCCAGGGAUCGGCCAACCAUGCCUCAGCUGCUCGCCUAUUUGCAAGACUUCCACGUCGCGCUGGGCGGAUUCAUCUAAAAUCGCUCGUCAGCGCGGACUCGCCGCGUCUCUCCGCGUCAUCGGCAGUUUGCAUCGGCUGCAUCGGCCCAGAUUCAGCACGGCCGCGCGAAUCCACUUGGACUGAAUCGCGCCGCCGGAUAUAACGCAGAGGACCAUCCCGAUCUCGAGGCCCGUUCCGAGAAACGCCGAGGACGUACACGUCCGCCAAGUUUGCGAAUCAAAUGCGAGAGUGAGAGGAGAGGAGAGGAGAGGAGAAUCAAAUCGCAUGGAAUUGAACGUCGCUGCCCAUUUGCGACACACGCACACACUGCCCCUAGCGAUAGGCACACCCGGUAUACGUGGGCCGCGGCCGCGCGCCGUUGGCACGCGGGUACCUUGAUCUCCAGCUAAUCACGAAUCAAAAUAGAGUAUUAACGUCGUCUAAUCGGCUCGCGAGGGGACUCGCGACACGGACGGCUUAAAAGUCGAUACACGGAUACAUCCGUCCAUAGCAAUUAGAGCGCACGUUCGCGGCACGUACACGAGCUCCUACGUCCUGCGCGAUUCUUAAAUUCGCAGCGAUUCACGCGAAACCCGGCUAGUAUUCUGAGGGAGUCUUGUCUUCGACAUUGAGAUGGAACCGCGGGUCGAUAAACCGGUAUCUAUCGACAAGCGGCGUUUCGUACGGACACGAGAGAGGACGAGAUUUCGUUAAUUGCCGACUGGAAAUUCAUCCCAUGCUCUCUUAAUCAGGUUGACCUCAAUUAGUUAUCUAAUUUAUAUAAGGUGAUGUUAUAGGAUCUUAAUUAUUAAUAAUCAUUAUUAAUAAGGUCUUGAUUGCCACAUCGAAAAAAGUCUUGUGAUAAUAAUGCUUUUGAUCGAGCGUUUUAGAAUAAUAUUUGGUAAUCAGUUCAGAUUGGUCCCGAUCAGUUAUCUGAUCAUCAGUUAUCUUGUGUAAAUGUGAUGUUAUAGGUCUCUAAUUAUUAAUAAUCCUCUUGAUUAAUAAGGUGACUGCUACACUGAAAAAAAAUCUUGUACCAAUUGUCAGACACUUUUAAUUGAGCGUUUUAGUGCAAUAUUUUGUAAUAAUUAUAAAAGAUUUGGUAAAACAAAUUCUUUAGUUCAGCCAAUUGCAUGGUCUAGUCAAGUAAUACCAAAUAAUCUAGUGAUAAUUACUAAAUAGUUUGAUUAUCGUCAAAAUUUUUAGUCAUUUUGUAUAUUUAUCACAUAAUACGAUAAACUCAAUAUAAAAUAUAAUUUUAUUGAAUAAAUUGUUUGUUGAUACAUAAAAUGUUGUUACAUAAAAUGAUAAUAGUUAGCAAGUCUUGUUAAGGUUAUUUAUUAAUAUUUACUAAGUCAUUUGAUUAUAUUCACUUAUAUAUGUAGUUGAAACUACAUAUGUAGUUGAAACUAAAGCAUCCAGUAACUUUUAUUUAAGCUUAACAGAUUAUUAUCAAAUCUUCUUUUCAGUGCACAUUUGUUACCUGACUUAUCAAAAUCCGAUAACAUCACUUUAUAUAAACCAGAUUACUGUUUAGAAUUGAUCUGGUCAGGAUUAUAGGAUAAAUUUCUAAUCGGAUUAUUAAGGGCCGAUUUAUCAAUAGUUGUUUAAAAUUGGAUUUAACACAUUCAUUAUCAGUAUCAUCCAUGUGACGUAACGACUUCUCAUGAGAGACCAACAUUACAUAUGUGUGAUAUUAAAAACUUUUUUCUGUCUCUCUACACGAAGAAAAUAUGAUGAAAAUUGCAUUAAAAUUAUAUUUCUUUUUAUAAUGUGUUUUGUAAAGAUGGAUUAUACCGAAAUUGUAGUAUAAAAGAUUGCUAGAAAUAGUAAUUUUGACGAUACCUAAUAUAUGAGAUAAAAAACAUGGAAAUAAUUAUAAUAAUCUUAUAGUGAAAAGUCAAAUAUGCAUAACAUUUUAACCAAAUAUACAUGAUAAUACCGAUUAUAAUUCUGCAUAGUACAAAAUUACAAAAAUUUCGCACAUUUUAAUUUUUUCUACAAUAUUUCCUCCGCAUACAUUAUUAAAAUAGUCUGUUUUACAUAUUUAUGUAAAAAAAGUUACGUGGUGGUCUGUGGGGAGAGUUCCUAGAGUAAACCCUGAUAGCGAACGUGUUAAGUUUAAAUUCUGUUGUAACACGUGUUUGAUGUGUGUUUUAACAGAGUUUAAACUCAAAUCUAAGUUUAAACCACAAUUAAAAAAUCAUCCGUAAAUAAUAGAUUCAGUUUUGCUUAGCAUUUUUUAAUUUUAAGAUUAUAGAAGUCGCGCUUUUUCCCUGUCUCUUUGAUUUUUGUGAGCAAUAUUUCAUGGAAUAGCUCGCUGCGCGAAAAAAAGAUCCGACUAGCUCUGUAUUCUGUCGGGUAAUCUCACAUUUGGUUUGGUGCAAAUGCGUCUUGUAAGGAUUUGAAGGAUUCGCGGAUACGACUUUUUAACAUGUUUCGCGCCAGACAAGAUGUUGUCUUCUUGGUCCGUAGACGGAGUAAUCCCGCGACGUAGCAAUUCUUUAUCUUCUCGAUGCAGUUAACGCGAGAUGCAGACGACUGAAUGAAAAUGUCGCUGCUCUUCACGCUGUAUUCAUUAACGUCUGUAAAUAGAUGGCCGUCUUAAUGCGUGAACAUCGAAUCGCUUAAUUUCCAUGAUGAAAGCUACGCAUUCAGUCCAAUGAAGGACCCCCUCAUGGCUCUCAUUCAACGUACUGCGAGAGCAUGAAGAGGAAAUGAAGAAGAGAGAAGAAGGAAAGCAGAAAAAAUAGCGUCCGAUUGGGACGGGAUAGAUCCAUACAUUUAUUAUGUGGUGAUAUGCUGUAAGUAUACGUCUCUCCAUCCGAACGGUGUGUAUCUCCAUGAUAACGGCGCACGUUGAAGUGAAAGUAGCUAAAAACGCACGUGAAUCGUUCGAACAAUUUCCGCCGUGGAGUCGCGUCUCCGACCGUAUAUUAAUAGAUGGUAGAGUGUAAAAAUCGAAAUUACCGAGUCGCAAAUUUUAAUGUCUGGUGUAGCGAGAUAAUUUUAUAUUUCUCUGAAAGUACGACAAUAUUAAAUUACUAAUAAAAUUAUGUAACACGUCAACACACACUAACCCACACACACACAUUCACACACACACACAAAUUCGCACGGAAAAAAAAAUUAAUAUAUAUAUUAGCAAAUCUUUUAGCUAACUAAAUAACUUUGCUAUGAAAGCAAGAAAAUUUGCUCCUGCAGUUAAUAUUUUUGGUUGUCCAUAUAUUAGAAAAUCUUUUUUUUCUGUGCGCACAUUCAGGCACACGUACACACAGUCGUCGUUGCGUAAGGCGGCUGUAAAACGCGCGGGAUCGAUUAAUUAGGUCGAUGCGUUUUCAUUCACUCAGCUUUUACGAGAGUCCGCGUCGCACCUUGGAUCGGGCCCGCGCUUCGUUAAGUCGCGCGAAGUUUUUCCGCGCUGUGAGAAAGAAGGAAACAAAAAUGCCCCGAUCGAACGCGUGAGCCGCGCAGAAAAGGCGCGCGCGCACAGCCCGAUCGAGUCGCUCGAUCAUUAUUCAUUAACAAUCGCGAUUGCAAAACCUCGUAUAAUCGUGACCGGAACGACGGAGAGAGCAGAGGCAAAGCUCGGAACACUUAGGAAUCCUAUUGUUGUGUCUGACCUUCGACUAACACACACACACACACAACAUACAUACACACACACACACACACACGCACACACACACACACACGUUGUUGCGUAAAUGGGCGGUCGAACUAUACGUACUUUGUAGUUAGGUACUUAUUAGCUACACUGCGAAAAUCAUUUCGAUUCCCCGUGACCCGCGCUAGCAAGCUCGAAUCUCGCAAAACGUCGACGAUGGAUUUUAAUGUCAGGUCUUGGGAAAAUGGUAGCGCGCGCGAAGUUGUCCGGAUUCUUACCUCGUGGCUCGGCCACUUUCGCUCCUUAUUAUGUGCCACCAAUAUUGGGCAUUCAUCGAUGAAAAUUUUCUUCGAACGAUUUAAUUGACGAAUCAAUAAUCAAAAUUAAUUAGUCGUCAUAUGUAAAAUCACAAAUAUCUCAUCGAAUAAUGACAUUAUUAACCCUUAUGCGGUGAAUAGGUAUUUUUGGCAACUUAAUAGUGAUUAGGGAGAAUUUUUUAAUUUAAAAAUUAUUGAAAAGUUCUGAAAACAUUCAUGCAGCAAACUAUCAAGUCUUAGCUAAUAGAUUAUGAGACCAAAAAAUUAAAUAGUAUAUAAUCUCCUAAUUGUUUUUUUUUUAGCAAGGAUCUGCGAGAAACGAUACUUUGUUUAAGAAAUAAUAACUUUUGUAAUUUUUCUAAAGAGAAAGAUAUGCGGUUUUAUAUUUAAGAUCAUAACGAUUAAUAAAAGAAAAAGUACAUCUUGAAAAAAGCUACUUUUAGUAUAUGAAAAUGACGUAUUUCUGUAUAAAAAUUCAGGCUAAAUAGCAUUAAAAGAAACAUUUUUACGCAUUAUAUAAGAGUAACAAAAAAAGUAAGAAACACAAGAAACAUAAGAAAUCAGAAAACACAUUUAUUCGCAAAAACUUUAUUAACCAUUUCCGUUUUUGUCCAGUUUAACAGCCUCGUCAAAAUUAAAAAAUAUACAAUAUAAUAAUAAAAUAUACAAAAAUAUGCCAAAAAAAUAUAAAGAAAAACAAAAUUUCACUACGUAAAAAGUACAUGUUAAGUGAGUACAAAUAUUACUCAUUUGCAGGGUCGAUUAAUUCCCGGUUGCUAUUCAGAUAGUAAUUGACGAAUUUUGUCUAAGUCUCAAGUGCUUUUGCUAUACUAAGUUUUUGGAGUAUAUAUGAAACUUUAGAGAGAGACAGAGAGAGAGAGAGAGAGAGAGAGAGAGAGAGAGAGAGAGAGAGCUUCCGGGGUAAGAACAAGUGCAAAGUGCCCAGACACGAAUAAACCUUUUAUUUACUUUAAAAGUCAAUCGAACUUCGAUAUAUUUGAUUGCACACUGAUUAAUAAUUAAUUUCAUCAAUCGACGAAAUUAUUUGUGUGAUUUUACGUAAACGAUUGAUUUGUCGAUUAUUUUAGCUAAAGAAUAUUUUAAUCAAUUAAUGCCCAAUUAUGCGUAUCAUAUACCAGGUGUCGAUUGGCAACCAUAUACCAAUGUUUCGUGAUAAAUUGCUCUACGAUGCUCUGAAAAUUAAUUUAUGGGAAAGAAUAUCAAAAACAUGAUAAAAAAGGAAUGAUACAUCCUUUCCUUCAUUGGAUCGGUUAUUGGAUCCGGUUAUUGGAUCGGUAAUAUUGUAGAGAUCUAUAAGAUAACAAAUCUAAGAUAAGAAUCUAAGAUAAGAUAAAUUAAAAAUAAAUAAUGAACAUUUGAUGAACAAGGACAAUGAGAACAAUGAUAACAAGAACAAUGAGAAAUAAUGAUGAAAGAUAUAUCUUUGUCAUCAUUAUUGUCAUUGUUAUACAAUAAUAUAUUAAUUGAUAUUGAUAAUAUUAUCAAUGAUAUUGAUAAUAUUGAUAAGUAAUACAUAAUUUGACAACAUUAUCAAGAAUAUGCGUUUUAGACGAACUGAUGAGAUCAGAUCGAGCUGAUGAGACACUCGCCCGAUCGAUCUACCCAAGAGAGUGUCUCAUCGGUGAUGUUGAGUGUCUAACAUUUCCCUGCUAUUUGAAUUUUUUACGUGGCGUCGCUUUAUUGUUUGUUGUAAAUAAAAUUACCGUCGAUGUCAGCGAUGAACACGGUGAAAGGUUUCGCCGUGACAUUUCCAUCAUAGAAAGACAUUACCAAGGGAAAUGGAGUUAGAACCUGCUAACCGGCUACUCCUGGCGCCUUUAAAGGAUAAUUAACAUUUGGACUACAUAAAAAAGAAACACACACAAUAGGGAUACAUAUUAAUGAUCGAACUCUGCUCUAAUAUAAUCUUUCGUUUAUUCAUGAAGCUGUAGAUCCGCGUUAGCAGUUUUUUUCCGUGUCUAAGUUACGCCCCGAAGUAGUCCUCGUGAUAUAUCCCGCUUUCCGUUUUCAUCAGAAUGUUAUGCAUUACGAAUAGCAGGAGUAAACGUUUGACACGUGCGUAUUACGCGUAAUCGUAUUAGUUCAAUUGCGCUUACUCCACAUCUUUCCCCGUCGCGGGCGUAAUUGCGCAAGUAUUAGCUGAAGCUGGCAAGGCAUACGAACGGGACGGAGGACGGGGAAAACGUCUUUAUCGAUGUAUAUUAAACAUGCAACACUGAUCUCACAGGAUAAAAUUAAACUGUACAGCGGAGCAACAUUAUAACGCCGAUAUUACAGCAGGAUAUCCUACCAGGCUCGCCGCCUUUCUUUUUAACGGCGAAGCUAUAUAUUACGGGUGAAGAAGGCAAUUCGAUCAGAGAUAGGAGCGAUAAUCAGUGCUAAUUGUUACAUUCCUACUUUCAAAUCGGACUUGAAUUUCUGCUGCAAGCGGAUCUCGAAAUUGGACGUGACUACACGCGGAGAACCCGCCGAGUUCUCAUAGUUUCAUCUCGUUGAAAGGAGAAAUGAUGGUACGGAUGUACCGAAUCGCUCGUUUACCAUUUUCCCUGGACGAUCUGUAUUGAAUCACGACAAAAUUUUUCGUUGCGAAUUUCAGCAACGAGCGCAAAUCGUGCGAAAACUAACGAGCGAGGCUCGUAUUUGCGGCGCGAGGUAACGCGAGACACACUUAAAUGUACUCGAUGUAUAAAUGUCGCAUGUUCCUGACCACGACCACAACCACUUUAUCGCACUGUCCUUUACUCGUCGUUCCUUGCCCUCCUCCUCUAACCCCCCUUUUCUCCUCCUCCUCCUCCUCUUCAUCAUCAUCAACAAUCUUUCCAACUCUAUCGAUUUAUACCGCGCAAGUGUUUGCGAGAACAACUUAUGGAUCUCUUCACGUAACUACUGCCAGGUGCAUCUAAUAAUUAUUGAUAUCGCUAUUUAAUAACUAUCGCUCGCUACUAUUUAUCGUGACGCUCCUAAAGCUGUGCGUUUAACGAAAAUCGUCGGGUUCUAUGAUGUAUUCGUGUUCCAUGAAUGUUUUCUUUCUUUCUUUAUUUUUCGAAUGGAGGAACAGGGUAGGCUUAUAUAACUGCACACUUUUUCGCUAUCGCUGUACAAUGGAAGCUGCUCGUUUCCGCGCGAACAUACUCUCUAUACCCAGCCCCCCUCCCCUCCCCUCCAUCCUGCCCGCUCAGGGAGGAAAAUCCGGUGGCGUCGGGGGUCCGGUUCGUUUCAUCCACUUCGAUAUCAUCCACACACCCCCCGUCCCUCAGGAACAGCCCUUUCCUCGGACGACAGUUCCACUCAUUGUAAAUACCUCUAGCGAUUAACAGCGGUGCGCCGAGAGAGUUGAUUUGUGCAGAUUCUAUUAUUUCCUAUACGACGAUUUACGGCAUUAUUUUUCAACGGAAAGUGAAAUAUACGUGUUAAAAAAACAUCAA